AUGACUAGGGCAGCAGCGAAGCCUGGAGCUCCCAUUGGGGGUGAGAUCAUACCUAUGACUGCCUCUUUAUUUGCGUGUGCGACGAAAAAUUCCAAACUUUCGCUAUCGGACCAGGAGGAGUAUUUUAGGGAUGAAUUAACUCUUAUCCGUCACGGCGAGCGUCAAGACCACGCUGACCGCGGGUGGAGGGGUAGUCAUCUUCUCUCUGUGCAGGAUCCCCCACUGUCAAAUGCAGGGCGGAUGCAAUCCUUUGAGACCGCGCUUAGAUAUUAUGCCCUACAGAGGGAGAAGACGGUUGAGCAGCGCAUUCGUGGCAGAGUUUCCUUUUUUCUAGUGUCUCCAUUUCAUCGUUGUAUAGAAACAGCGAUAAUAUUAAAUAUUGUAGCAUUUCAAGGGUCCCUAGCCAUAUUCAUUAAUCCACAGCUCUCAGACUGGCAACAAUCUAAAGUUUUUCGCUCACCACCAGUCCUUAGCGGCCAAUACGCCAUGUCUCAAACCGGAAGGAUUGACAACGGGGGGAACGGAAAGCUGCUUUUUUUCUAUCCCCAAGUCAAGGCUUUGCGAGCCUCACUUGUACCUUUCCUACAAAUGCGCGCCGAGGAGGUUGGGAAAGGAACAAUUACAGAUGCAUUACCAGUUCCUCCUGAAGUUGCCCGGGAGUGGGUCCGAACACUUGAGAUGUCGCUCGACGAUCACUUGGAAUUGCCGGUCUGGACAGACAGUGCCUCUCAAAGCUUUAUCUUGGACAAAAUCGAAGCUUCCAACCCACAAAACAGUGAUGAUGGUCAUCAUUCAACAACCACGUUGUUCCCCUCAUUGAGCACGUCCUCGGACUAUUUUGGAUGCGGUGUGAAACAUCCAGAACGGAGGGCUGAUUUACUGAAGCGUUGCCAGCAGGUAGUUGAGACAUAUUUCCUGAAUAGUGAAUCGUCUGUUUUAACGAUUCCCGCGUCGGUUCGUGCAUCUGUAGAAAUAGAGAGGCGCAAUCAGUUGCCAAAGUACUUCAUACCUCGCUCAUCAGAACGACGAACUAGUAAAAACCAGACACAAACACCUCUAGCUCUCCUCCCUCCUUUACACGUCAUGGUAGUCACUCAUGGGGAUGUGAUUGCUGGCUUGGUUGAAAUUUGCUGCCCCAAGUACCUAAGCCACGGCGACGGCGUCUCGGUGCCGUACUGUAGCAUUACAACUCUUACGCGACAUAACAACUACUAUCGUAUCCCUUCUUUAAAUGAGCGUCAAAAGGUGGAUAGCAAAGCUGUUUCGUCUGCCAACAGGGGCCAUGGGGCGUCCAAAAAGGCUCAGGGUGCUCUGUGCAUGCAAAGUGCGGUCCCAUAUGGUAACUUGGCCGCUUCUCUUCUUCAUGAAACUGCAUCUGUGGGCUCUUUGGGCUUAUCCAUGAAUUGGCAAGUGGAGGAGUUUGGCUCUACCGACUUGCUUCGCACUCGAAUUUUUAUUAGAUACAACUAA